GCCCUGGCUCUCAUCUGAGGAGACUCUUGGAAAGGCGACCCGCCUUCCGCAAACGUCGCCGCUGUUGCCGCACCGCCACCACCAUAAGACAUCAUGGACUCAGACCGCCCUCUCGAUUCCUCACCAACAGUGUUGCCGACGAGUAAUGCCAAUGGCUCGAGCAGCUCCCUUGGUGCUCCAACUGUCUCACCCCCAGAGCGCAGCAAUUCGCAGUCAAGUCACCACAAGCCAGGCCAUAUCGCUUCACAUCGACAGAGUUUCGCCGAGAACCAGAGGCACCCCCCGCCAUCACCUCGCGCCCACAGACACCCCUCCUUUACCCAGCAGGCGAUCCAGGAGUUACUGAACCACCCACCAUCUAACCGCCAUCCUAACACCCGCUAUGCUGGUAGAGAGUGGCGGGACAUUGCUCUUGGGGAGCUGGCGUCGGAUGAGGUUAGGUGGGUUGACUUGGACACAAGCAUUGAGGAUGCGACCAUGCUUCUUGUUAAGAACAACCCAAGCAAUGUUGUGCUUGUCCGCGAGACGCCCGCCUCGACCACUGCCGUCUCCACAUUUGAUCACAAUGACCUGAACGCAUACCUGCUCGUGGUUUUAGGCCUUGCGAAACCUGACGAAGAGCAUGUUGAGCUAUAUGAUGGAAUUUCGAAGAAAGCACAAUCGCAAACUGCCAUAGCCUUGCGUGAGAUCCAAUCAAUUUGCCGCAAGGAACAGCUAGUGGCACUGCCAGCCGAACUGACUCUCGACAAGGCGAUGGAGGCCUUUGGGAGCGGAAUUCAUCGUCUUCUACUUACAAACCAGGCAUCCGAAGUUGUUGGCAUCCUCAGCCAGCUACGCUUGCUCGAGUUCUUUUGGAACGAGGCUGUUAACUUCCCGGUGAUUGACCGAUUGUAUGGAAGUGUACUCCGAGAUCUCCAGAUCGGAACCCAGCAGAUCAUUGCCAUCAAUGCCGACGCGCCUCUUGCUGAUGCCUUGCUGCUGAUGAAUACCGAGGGACUUAGUUCAGUGGCGGUUGUCGACCAUGGGUUGAAUGUUGUCGGGAAUAUCUCCACAGCAGAUGUCAGGCUCCUGACCAGUGCGGCAAGUCUCCCACUGCUCAAAAGCUCUUCCAUGCACUUCAUCAGCGUGAUCUUGUCCGAGCGCGGUGUCGAACGUGGUCGCGAUUCCUUCCCCGUCUUCUACGUGAACCCGUAUUCGACGCUCGCCCACACGGUCGCCAAGCUUGUCGCAACCCACUCUCACCGCAUGUGGGUUGUCGAGUCUGCCUCACCCUCCCCAAGUGCCCCUGCCACGCCUCUCCUUCAGCCGAGCUACCCGAGUGGGACCCUCGCGAGCGCCCCAGCGGCUGCCCCCGGAGCGGUCACAGGCGCCGGAAGCAGCCCACCCCCUGGUCCGUCAAUUAUCGUCCCUCCGGCUACUCCUGUGCUCUCAGCACCGCAAUCUCCUCUCCCAGGUCAGAGCUUUGUGUCCGUGCCAUCCGCCGCGUUACCAGGGGCUGGCUUGUCUGGUAGGCUGACAGGUGUGGUGUCCUUGACCGACAUCCUGAACUUGUUUGCCAGAUCAGGAGGUCUCCAUCCAUCGGAUCCUGCCGAGCAGCGCGCCCGCCGGAGACGAAGCUCGAGCAGCUCGGUGCGACCAAAUCUUGAGGGCGGACGGGUAAGCCUGGAUGUUAGGAGAUGAGCCAAAGCGUACGGGAGAAACGUCGCAUAAUUAAUAUAGCUCAGCCCACGAGGCUGAAUAGCUAGACAUGCAAAAUCAUAAAGCCGUAAAUUUUCAUCAGCU